GACUGAUGAAAUGAUGAAUACUAAUUAAUAUGCAGAGUCAUUUAGUCUGUUGUAAAGUUGCCACUGCCUUUCCUGAAUUUAAGGAGACAAAUAUCCUUUCCCACAAAAUACUUGAAGAGCAAUAACUCAUAUGCUUGUUUUUAGAUGCUUGCUUUAUCAGAUAAAAUGUUCAGCCCUAUUAGUGAUUUUUUCAAGGACUUGCCUUAUUCCUGUAUAACUAACAGGGGCAAUAUGAGACUCUCUCAUGAAAUUCAAUAAGAAUAUUUCCUUCUUGGCUAAAAAUUUACACUUCACACCACCAGGUCUGAUUGCAAAUUCUGGAUCGCAGGUUUUAUUUUAUGUGAUGUUAGACAGACAUAUUUAAAUGUUAACUGUUGUGAUUUUUUUUCUUACAUAGGCUGUGGGGUAGGAGUUUUAAAUGGAAAAUUGAGUGACUGCUGCAGAUUUUAAUCAUGGGAAUCAUUUUGUUAAAAGGAAAAUACUGAACAGAAACAGCUUCUCAGAAAGAAGUACCUGAAGUAAAGACUUCUUUCAGUUGUACAGGACUUGGUUAAGAUUGCUCACCACAACUCAUCUGGGCUGCCCAUGGCAAAGCAGCCAUGAUUUGCCAAACUCUAAAUUACAUUCUCUUGUUGCUGUUCAGUUACGUACUAAGUCACGACUCAAAACUCACAUGGGGAAGAACAUAUGUUGUGGACUCCAAGUUGAACAUGAGCCGGCAGUGUGACGAAGCCAUCAGAAAAGCCAAUGGCACUUUAUCGUGCAUCAGCAGAUGCAUGACAAAUAGGUCCAGGGAGGUGAUACUUCCCCUCUAUCGGGCGCUGGUCAGACCGCAGUUGGAGUACUGCGUGCAAUUCUGGGCGCUGCACUUCAAGAAGGAUGCGGAUAACCUGGAGAGGGUACAGCAAAGGGCAACUCGUAUGGUCAAGGGCCUGCAGACCAAGCCCUACGAGGAGAGACUAGUGAAACUGAACCUUUUCAGCCUCCGCAAGAGAAGGUUGAGAGGCGACCUUGUGGCUGCCUAUAAGUUCAUCACGGGGGCACAGAAGGGAAUUGGUGAGGAUUUAUUCAUCAAGGCGCCCCCGGGGGUUACAAGAAACAAUGGCCACAAGCUAGCAGAGAGCAGAUUUAGACUGGACAUUAGGAAGAACUUCUUCACAGUUCGAGUGGCCAAGGUCUGGAACGGGCUCCCAAGGGAGGUGGUGCUCUCCCCUACCCUGGGGGUCUUCAAGAGGAGGUUAGAUGAGUAUCUAGCUGGGGUCAUUUAGACCCAGCACUCUUUCCUGCUUAUGCAGGGGGUUGGACUUGAUGAUCUAUUGAGGUCCCUUCCGACCCUAACAUCUAUGAAUCUAUGAAUCUAUGAAUAUCUAAGCAUGGUAGGCAGCACAGGUCCCAGAAUGCCCAGCUUACCUGUGGGCUUGCAGUACCUCUGGAUUAAAUGUUACUUACAGCAGCGUGGCCUGUUUCACAUUCAUUUUUCAACAACCGAAUUGAUCUACAAGGUAAAUCUCUCUGCCACCAGUGCUUUGACUAUAGCUGAUUUGACUGAGCAUGUAAAUCAACUGCAUUUACACACAACUCUUUAUUAUUCUA